AUCUUCUUCUCAGUAAUCAGUUCUCACUCUAUAACUCCCAUUUUUGCUUCGUCAAGCCAAAAAGAAAGACCAAUCCAACACAUUUACAAGUUAAAUAAAAAGUUUAAUAAAAAAAGAGGAUCAUUUGGGAUGAACCCUUAAAGGAAUCUCUGUUUUUUUUCUUCCUUGUUUUGUUCUUCUCCUCUUUAGUAUCAGAACAAUCUCCAUUAAAGGGCCCACUUACUGAAAAAUUUCUUACCAGAAGGCUGAAAAAAAAUAGAGACAAAUUUUGUUCUGGUUAACGCCCGGCCUCAGAUUGAACAAGAACGUUGAAGUUUCUAUUACAAGGUCUGAGGAGAUAAAACUGAUGAAGGUGGUUUGUGGUUUACUUCCUGACAAGUGUGAAACAUAAGCCUAAAUCUGCAGCUCAUCUGGAAUAAAGCUUCCUAGGAAGAUGGAUACAGUUAAACAGCGGUCAUCGAUCACCCCAACUAAGAGCCGUUUGGCUCGCACAUUCUCAAAGGUCCUUAACAUUCAAGCCCAAAAGGCAAAAUCUCGAGAAAAACCAAAAAGGGAUCGUCAAUCCAAACACGCCGAGACUCCCUCACUCGAUGCCGAAAGUGAUGAGAAGAUAAAAGACCGAUUAAUCAACGAAGCUUUUCUCGCGAAGCUCUUCGCCAGCCUGUCUUCCAUUAAGGCCGCUUACGCGCAAAUGCAGUUCGCCGAAUCCCCUUACGAUGCGGAUCGAAUCCAAUCCUCGGAUCAAACGAUAGUCUCCGAGCUGACAAAUCUCUCCGAAUUAAAACAAUGCUACUCGAAAAAUCUGAUAAAAAACGAGACCUCCUCGCCCGAGAAAACUUUGGUCUUAGCCGAGAUUCAAGAGCAGAGGAGCCUUCUCAAGACGUACGAGGUCACGAUCAAGAAGCUCGAUUUUCAGCUCAAGCUCAAGGACUCGGAGCUCACUUUCCUUCACGAGAAAUUAUCCGAAGCUAAGAGCGAAAACAAAUUGUUAUUGGAGAGGAAACUAAAAUCGAGCGCUCAUUCAGAACUAAAGAAGACUAGCGAUUUUACCACGCACCAUCGGCAGGCGAUAAAAUCCAUUCGGGCCUUUGUUCGGGUGCUCGUGCGUGAAAUGGAGCUCGCGGGCUGGGAUUUGGACUCGGCCGCCAGCUGGAUCGAGCCCGGGAUCUCGUUCUGGAGGCGGGCCCACAAGUGCUUCGCUUUCGAGUCGUACGUUUGCCGGCAUAUGUUCGAUGGGUUCGGAAAAGGCAGCAAUAAUUCGAAGUUUGCUUCGUUUUGCCGGGAAAAGUAUUUGAAGCUCGUGCACCUGAGAAUGGAGGCGUCGAUUUUCGGGAAUUUGGAGCAGAGGGAGCUCGUGGGGUCUGGGCGGGGUUUUCCCGAGACGGGUUUUUUCUCGGCGUUUUGCCAGAUGGCGAAAUGUGUGUGGUUCUUGAAGUGUUUGGCCUCGAGUUUCGAGCCGGAGGUUACGGUUUUUCGGGUGGCGAAGGGGGCUCGGUUUUCGGAGGUUUAUAUGGAGAGUUUGAGUGAUGAGGCUUUCUUGGUGUCGGGUUCGGGUGGGUCGGAAGGGUAUCCUCGGGUGGCGUUCACGGUGGUUCCCGGGUUUCGGGUCGGAAAGACGGUGGUUCAGAGUCAGGUGUAUUUGUACUGAACUUCCUGNCAGUAGUAUUGGUCUCUUAUUGGAGGAAUUGUGUAGUGUAUUCUCCUUUUUUAUUUUUUAUUUUAUUUUUUAAAUUUAUGCUUUUGGAAAGUGGCUUUGGGAUCAUUGGAUGUGUUAAUUUAAUUAUAUAUAUACAUUGUAAGAAUGGGUCUACUACUAUUUUCUUUUUGUAUGUGAUGUAUAAAGAGAUGUUUAAAGCUUCUAGCUAGAUAUUUGAGUAUAUUUAUUAAUUUUUAUUUUUAUUUUUUGGAAUCUAGACAUUGGAUU